AUGGAUCAUUUAUCAUCAAUUUAAAACAAUAAUUUACCUGAGGACAAUCCAAUUGGAUUAGAUAAAAAUAAAACUGAGUCUGGAAAUUUAAGUAAAUAUUCUAGAAGAUCAUGGUCAUAACAAGAAGAUGAUUAACUGAAGUAAGCUAUAAAAUUGUAUGGCACCAACUGGCUAAUUGUAGCACCAGCUUUAUAAAAUAGAAAUCCUUCUCAAUGUGCUUAAAGAUGGAAAAGAAUAAAGCCAAAUAACGUAUAAAAUUUAUUAAUAUUAUAUAAGGUAUUUAGAAAAAGGUAAUCGUGGACACAAAAAGAAGAUCAAUUAUUAUUGAGAUUAGUUGAAUUACAUAAAAAAAACUGGGUUUAAAUUGCUAAAAAGAUACCAAACAGAACAAGUAAAUAAGUGAGAGAAAGAUAUGUAAACAAUUUAAAUCCAGAAAUCAAUCAAGAGCCAUUUACAGAUGCUGAAGACAAUCGUAUUGUAGAAGGUUAUAUGAAUUAUGGAUCAUAAUGGUGUAAAAUCUCUAAGAUGUUAUAAGGUAGACCGGUAUAUAAUAAAAAUAUAUAGGAAAAUGUAAUUAAAAAUAGAUUUUAUUCAUAUUUGCGAAAGAAAUAUCUGAAAAUUGAAAAUCCAUACUAUGUAAUUCCUUAAAAAAAUUAAGAAUUCUCUUUUUCAAACACUUCAAAAGUAAGGCACAAUCAAAGCAAAAAAAAGAAAUUACUUAAUAAAGUAUAAUAUAAUAUAAAUCCUAAAAUAUCACAAUAAUUAGAAAAAAUAGAGGACAACAAUUAUUAGAUUGGGAUAUCUUAAUUUAAGAAUGUUAUAAAUGAACAAGACAAAAUAUCAAAAAAUGCUUAAAAUAUAGUUUAGAAAAAACCUUCUCAAGCCUCAAAUGAUGAUCAAUAUUAAGAAUACUAUAGUGACCAUAAACGUAAGCAAAAAGUCAAAGAAGUAUCAAAUGAAUCCUUUGAUUUGGUAAAAGAAGAAGAAUAAUAACAAAAUUAUUAUUAUUAUGCAACACCUAAUUUCGAGAAUAUUGAACAACUCUCAGCUAAUUUUUAUUCAACUUCUUAUGCUUUUAAUACUAUUUAACCUAAUAAAAUAAUGUAUUGCUAUUAACCUUAGUUUGAAACACCUUAUGUUCCACCAUAUAUUAUGACUAAUCCAAUCAUAUAAUAUGGAGUUGCAAGUUAAGAAACAUUACUAUAAAGAUCUUAGGAUAUCUAAAAGAAGUAUCUAAGUUAAUGA